CGCCGACGUGUCGAGGCUUAGAAGGAAGUAGUCCUUGUAGUCCCUUACUGUCCUGUCGUGAUUGUUUGACUGGAUACCUGCCAUAUCGGGUCACUGAGCCGUUCUGUUUACCGAUUGACUUUACAUUCCAAAAUGUCCUUACUGGUAGCUCUAGUGGCUGCGGCCAUUUUGCUGUAGCCCGGUUUAUUUGGGGCCUAUGUAUCAGUAUCACUGAGAUCUCACUAUGGCCAGUGAACUGGAUGUGUUUGUUGGAAACACCACCCUGAUCGAUGAAGAGGUUUAUCAGCUCUGGCUGGAUGGAUAUUCAGUGAACGAUGCUGUCAAUAUUCGCUUGAAGAGUGGGAUUUUAGACCAGACCGGAGCUGGGCCUGAUGUCCUGGAGAGCGAUACUAUGGACCAUUACAGGACAUUUCAGAUGAUUGAAAGGCUUCUUCAUUACCCUCCAAAACUGGUUCAGCAGUUACUUUUCCAGAUCCCACCUUACAAGCAGAGCAUGCUGAUCGAGAGGUACUAUGCUUUUGAUGAAGCUUUUGUUCGGGAGGUUCUUGGAAAGAAACUCUCUAAAGGAACGAAGAAAGAUCUGGAUGACAUAAGUGCAAAGACUGGUGUGACCUUGAAGAGCUGCAGGAGACAGUUUGACAAUUUUAAGAGAGUCUUUAAGGUAGUUGAAGAAAUGAGAGGCGCACUGGUGGAAAACAUUCAGCAGAAUUUCCUUUUGUCUGACAGACUUGCCAGAGAUUACGCUGCGAUAGUGUUCUUUGCGAACAGUCGUUUUGAAACCGGCAAAAGGAAGCUCCAGUACUUGACAUUUGAGGAUUUUGCAACUUGUGCUGAGCAACUAAUCCAGAACUGGACACUGGGAGCAGUGGAUGUGUCAGAAGACAUGGACAUGGAUUUAGACAAAGAAUUUUUACAGGAUCUAAAGGAACUAAAAAUUCUCAUAACAGAUAAAGACCUUCUGGACCAACAUAAGAGCCUUGUCUGUACAUCACUUAGAGGAAAAAUCGCAGUUUUUCACGAAAUGGAAGCAAAUUUUAAGACGCUCUCUAGAGCCUUGGUGAACAUUGGAACAAGCCUUACCCAUAAUAAAGACUUGCGAGAUUUCUUCAUUGAUCUUGUGGAAAAGUUUAUAGAACCUUGUAAAGCUGCUAACUGGUCGUCCUCGGAUGUUCAACUCUUCCUCACUCAGUACACGGCAUCUGCUCGAGCUCUUGAUGCCUUCAAGCAGCAGUCACUUUGGGAGAGAUACAUGGUCACCUUACGAAGUUGUCUACUGAAGAUGUAUCACAGCUGAUUGGCUUCCUGAGUUCUGCGUGGCCGAGCCUGAGGUGGUCUAUAGUCGGCAUCAUCUAGUGACAUGACUUCUUAUGACAGUAGGAGACGUCAAUCAUGACUGUGUGUCCCAUAUGUUUGUAAUAUCUUGUGUGUGUAUAUAUGUACAUAUGGAAUGUAUAAAGAUAUUGCCUUUUUAAUAAAGCUCCUUUCAAUCUUA